UUCAGUACGAACGCAUUUCAAAGUACGCGACGCACGUCCGAAACUGGCGCCACCGAAAAUGAUAUCGCGCUUCUAAAUUUGAAUUUUAAAUUCGCAACCCUGAAUUCGAUUUGUUACGAACAAUUUUAAAUUACAUUACUAUUAUAUUAUUUUUUUAGUUACAUACUAAUAAAUAAUCGUGAAAAAUGUCGCUUUUCCACAACGUUCCUAGUGUUUUCCUAAUUUCGCUUGUUUUACUCGCAAGUGCACAGAAAUCGUCAAAUAAUCUCCGUGACGUCGAUAUCCAGGAAUUGGCGAGGCAGAACAAAAUCACACAGCAGAUCCUAGAAGCAUUCAUACAGAAGAAGCUUGGGCUCGCGAGCAAUAACUACAGAGCACCUUCGAUAUUCGACAUCCUCCCGGGAAAGAAGCCGGAAGAACGAACAAUACGACAAUCAACGAACGAUAGAGUGAGACAUUCCGAGAACGACACAUGGGUAGAAAGUGAUGAUUUGAAUGAACAUAAUGAAGACGAUCCAGUGAUUGAAGAGGGACCUGAAUUUGUCGACAUUGAUGCGUUGCAAAGCGUAGAGAGUGAGCAAAUAGACUCAAUAUAUUCUGAAGGUAGGAGUAAAAAGUAUUCCAGCCAUUCGCUUGAUGCCGAUUUGGAGCCAAGCUAUCAUUGCUCGAGUUGUAUUGAGGAGGAUCUUGGAGUGACGCGAUGGACGAUGCCGCUAUUGAAGAGUGGAGAGAAAAGAUAUUAUCUGGGAAUAUUCUUUAAGGCGAACUGGUUCAAAGCGCAACAAUACUGCAGAUUCCACGGCAUGCAUCUUGCGUCAAUUUCUUCGCAGGAAGAGAACGACAGGCUGGAAAAAUAUGUUAGGGAAUCAGGUUACGGCCGAGAGCACUUUUGGACAUCUGGCACUGAUCUGGCCGAAGAGGGCAACUUCUUCUGGAUGGCCAACGGAAGACCUCUCACAUUCGUCAACUGGAACGCCGGUGAACCAAACAACUUCCGCUACGAGAACGGCGAAGAAGAGAACUGCCUUGAACUCUGGAACAGAGACGACAAAGGUCUUAAGUGGAAUGACUCUCCAUGCUCGUUUGAGACCUUUUUCAUUUGUGAAGUACGAUCUGAUUGAUUUAAUGGUGCUUGACACGAUAUAAGUAGUUUAAUUUAUUAUUGUUUUAGAUAAUGAUAGUAAUUGAAAUUUUCUGAAUUUAAUUUUUAAUUUUCCCUUUAUUUAUCACUCAUUAUUAAAUUAGACAUUUCCAGGAAAUAAAUUAUCCUCCACACGGCUAACACAAAGAAAACUUUAAAUAUUUUUACGCAAAAAAAGUUAAAUAACCGAUUUAAAAAACGAAUAUAAAAUCGAACGACAUCUUGGGUUCCAAUUUCAUUUUACGCCCAUUCAAAAUGAUUAAUCAAUACUUCAGGGUCUGCGAUGUUUUAUUCUAUUUUAAGUAUAAGAGAAGUAUCUGCUCCAAUUUAUUAUAUAUAUUUAUAUCGUGUCUCGCUAUUAUAAUUCAUUUUGUUGUGAUAUAAGAGUAGUGUGCUAGAUUUUACAUUUGAAAAGAUUUAACGGUCAGUACGCUUCAACAAUUUGUCUCUAAACAAAUUGUUCUGGUCUAGCUAGUUAUUUAUUUAAAAGUGUACUGCUAAUACGUCUUAAUAAAAUACAGUAUAAUAUUUCGGUGAAUUAAUAAAUAAAACUUUUUGACAAUCUGUCUAUAUAUUGACUCGUCAAUUUCAUAAGUACCUAGAUAUAAAAAUUAUAAUUAUCUGUAGUAGGGACAAUAUUAUUUUAGAAUAUUGUCAAAGUAUUCGGGGAAUGUACACUUUCUUUUGUUUUUAAAUUUUAGGCUAAAUUCUUUCCUGCAGACAUGAAGUGUUUUAUCAAAAAAGUAUUUAUAACGUUGACAAAACUUUUCUAUUGUCUAUUGACGAGUUUCUUUUCAGUACGUAUAAACAGUAUUAGCAGUACUAUAUGUGUAUCUAUUAUUAAAAUGUGGAAUUCAAAAAAAAUAGUUAAGUAGUAACGAUCACUGCCAUGAUCCAGUUACCAGAGCAUCAGUGCUCGACGGACGUACGUCCAUAGUCAAACUAGUGUUAGUACAUGUUACCUUAUGUAAAAAUAGGUAUAAGUUUAAUAAAAAUCGAAUUUUUA